UAUCCGCAUGUAGGAGGAGCUGUUUUGGGUGUUGUGGAUCUGUGUAAAAUCUGUGGGAGUGAGCGGAGCUUCUGUUCUAUUUUCCAAUUAGCUGAAUAUUGCUGUUUGUAUCGAUACGAUUUGAAACAGAAGUAGACAUGCCUGGAAUAGAUAAACUACCAAUAGAAGAAACAUUGGAAGACAGUCCGCAGACACGCUCAUUGCUGGGUGUCUUUGAGGAGGAUGCAGCUGCUAUAUCCAGCUACUCCCAACAGCUGUUCCAGGCCAUGCAGAGGAUCUACGAUGCUCAGAAUGAGCUGAGUGCUGCCACUCAUCUGACUUCCAAGCUCCUGAAGGAGUAUGAGAAGCAGCGUUUCCCCCUCGGGAGUGAUGACGAGGUUAUGAGCUCAACACUGCAGCAGUUUGCCAAAGUCAUAGACGAGCUCAGCUCCUGCCAUGCAGUCCUCUCCACGCAGCUGGCAGACGCCAUGAUGUUUCCCAUCGCCCAGUUUAAGGAGCGUGACCUGAAAGAGAUACUGACCCUGAAGGAAGUGUUCCAGAUAUCCAGUGACGAUCACGACACGGCCAUCACUCGAUACAGCCGUCUGUCUAAGAAGAGAGACAACGAGAAGGUGAGGAGCGAAGUGAUGGAGGACGUCUACACCUCCAGGAAGAAGCAACACCAGACCAUGAUGCACUACUUCACGGCCCUCAACACCCUCCAGUACAAGAAGAAGAUCGCUCUGCUGGAGCCCCUGCUGGGGUACAUGCAGGCCCAGAUCAGCUUCUUCAAGCUGGGCUCAGAGAACCUGACUCAGCAGUGGGAGGACUUCCUGGCCACCAUAGGAACCAGCGUUCAGAACGUCCGUAGAGAGAUGGACGGGGAGGUGGAUGUGAUGCAGCAGACCAUCCUGGAUAUGGAACAGUCCAGUGACCUGCUCUACAUGCCUGACCCCGACCCCAACCACGUCCCCAUCAACCGCAAUCUCACCCGCAAGGCCGGCUAUCUCAACACUCGCAAUAAAACCGGCCUGGUGUCCUCGACCUGGGACCGGCAGUACUUCUUCACCCAGGGAGGGAACCUCAUGAGCCAGUCUCGGGGAGCCGUGGCCGGGGGGCUGGUCAUGGACAUUGACAACUGCUCCGUCAUGGCCGUGGACUGUGAGGACCGCCGCUUCUGCUUCCAGAUCACCUCCUUCGACGGCAAGAAAGUGGCCAUCUUGCAGGCCGACAGCAGAAAGGACUGUGAGGAGUGGAUAACCACGAUCAACAACAUAUCCAAGAGGAUCUACCUGAGUGAGAACCCUGAGGAAAUCGCUGCAAGAGUCAACCAAUCAGCUCUGGAGGCUGUGACGCCGUCGCCCUCUUUUCAGCAGAGACACGAGAGCAUGCGACCAAGCACGAAGGGGCGAGCAGCCCGGACCAGCAGCGUGAGUUCGGCCGGGUCCGAGUCCCCCGCCCUCUCCUCCCUCUCCCUGGACUCCCUGGUGGCUCCGGACACGCCCAUCCAGUUUGACAUCAUCUCCCCCGUCAGCGAGGAGUACGCAGGCCAGGCCAAGAGCGCCGGGCAGGGCGGCAGAAGGACCAACCCGUUUGGGGAAUCUGGAGACACGCCCCCUGAGGACAGUGAAGACUCCAUCCUGCACCAGCUGUUCAUCGUCCGUUUCCUGGGCUCCAUGGAGGUGAAGGAGACGGAGCGUUCUGAUGUCAUCUACGAGACCAUGAGGCAGAUCCUGGCAGCCAGGGCCAUCCACAACAUCUUCAGGAUGACCGAGUCUCACCUGCUUGUCACCUGCGACUGCCUCAAGCUCAUCGAUCCUCAGACCCAGGUGACAAGGCUCAGGUUCCCUCUGUCCAGCGUGGUUCUGUGUGCGACCCACCAGGAGAACAAGCGUCUGUUUGGCUUUGUGCUCCAGACGCCGGGAGGCCGGGUGGACGGCCGGCCCGUCACCGUCUGCUACAUCUUCGAGUCCAACAACGAUGGCGAGAAGAUCUGUGACAGCGUGGGACUGGCCAAACAGAUCGCCUUCCACUCCGAGAUGGAUCGUAAAGCUGAGGAGAAGAAGAAGGAACAUGACAAGGCCAAGGAGAAACAGCAGGAAGAGCUGAGCAAACAGAAGCAGAUAGAGAAGGACCUGGAGGAGCAGAGCCGCUUAAUAGCUGCCUCCAGUCGCCCCAGCAACCCACCCGCCAAUGACGGACAAUUCCUGGUUCUCAGCAACAGCCAAUCGGAAGACAGUGACGCUGGAGACGAGGGGCGAAAGAAGGGAGAGUCCGAGGCUUGACCCAAACAGGCGAGGAUGUCAUGGGUGGGCCAGCCGGUGACUUUUACAGACCCUGCCUCUUCCGGUCCACCGUUUCGAACCCCAGCGCUUGUCUCUGGCACUAGGCUCCACUGGUGUCUCCCGUAGGAGCAGAAAGCGGAGCAGCUUUAUCACGGAGGGGGGGGGGGGAAGAAGGGAAAAAUAAAGUCGAUUCCCCCAACAAAAACACGAGAAAUGAACACAAAAGAAACCUGGUGUGGAUCCCCCCCCCCCCCCCCCCAUUUACUCAACGUGUAAAUCCUGUGUUUUAUAUCGGCUCCCGUAUGUAGACCAGAUAUAGAAUACGCUUUGAAGUUACUAAUUCUUUUAUUUUGUAAAUCUGCAUCCCAUACGUGACUAACUUGCAGUGUAUUCAUGAAGAAAUUGCACAUGUCAAUAACAGAUGUAUAAAGGACCUUUAUUUUUUGGUGUAUAGGUUUAACAAGCUACAACUUUCCAGGUCUAACAGCCUAGCAUGUGUGUAGGCUCUGGAGGUUGGGAGGGAGGUUCAGAGGGUGGGGUUGGGUCAAGGGGUCGUCUACUGGAAGUUAUCCAGGUUUAUCUUAAACGUGGGACACUGACUACACCAGUCUGGUUAUGGCCACCUACUUCUGUUCAUAAAAAAAAAAACUAAACAAAGAGUCAUCUUUUGUAAAUGUCACCUGCCGUUUCAGUCUGCACUCGCUGUGAGGUUGGGGGGGGGGGGGGGGUACCUCUUUGUGUCAAAGGUUUUUCUGGUUCUGCGUUAGGAAAUGAUAUUGCUUUUUAAUUAUGUUCAUGUACAAGCCUAUACCGUGUUGUCAAUGAAUCUUUUGAAGCACAACCUCAAUGUUUGGACAGUCUGGAGUGAACUUUGUUCUGGAUAUAAAAGCUCAAAGGAGAGUUACAGAAGAUUAACUUCAUCUUUGACUGGCACUUAGAGGCACAUGAGAAAAGGCAUUACAUUAUCACAAUAACAGACAACUUCAGUCAAGCCAUAGUAACAUGUGUAAAUGUUGUUGAAAUGAUGAAACGAAGCACAAAACAAUAACUUACAGUACGAUCAUAGCAUUAAUUCUCACAAAACUGAUCUGGUUGGUAUAUUUUUAUUAUGUUUUUAUGUGCACUUAUUUACUCUGUUAUGGAGAGUUCUCUGUGUGAAUGCAGUGGG